CAGUUGUAUUACUUUGUAUUUUAUUCAUGUUGCAUUCGUCUUCUUGUUUCUCUCUCCUCCAUUGCCCAUUAUUUUAUGCUCUACCCUCCAAUGGGCCUCUCCAUCCUCUAACUAAAACUAUUUUCUCUCAAUACUCCUGCACUCGUUCUCUCUAUGAUUUCUGAAUAUAACAGUUUGUUUUUAUCUACUUUUGGAGUAUUGUGGUUUCCAUUUAGAGGGUUUUGGUCUUUGGGGUUAAAUCACAAAGAGCCAGAUUCCAUCAUUCUCAGAAUCCCGAAGACCUUUUUCUCUUUGCUUGGGUUUCUUUGGCUCCCUUCCCUGUUGUGGGUUGUUUUCUCUUUCUGUUAAAAACCUUUAUAGCCCAUCUCCAUGGAAUUUAAGAGGAGACAGAAACCCCUGAUAUUCCCUUUAUUCCUUUUAGAAAUCUGGGCUUUUUGAGUGCUUUUGGGUCCAAAGCCCUCUGCUUUCUCUGGUUUGUGUGUCCCCCCUGUUGAAGAGCUUGUACUGUCUUUAACUCCUUGUUUCUCAGACUGUUAUUGGGGCUUCUUUUUCUGGUUUUCCCAAAGGAACCAUAAAAGGUUUUCCAAGGCUCUGUUGAGAAAAGGUGCUUUUUUCUUUUCAUCUUUUUGCUUUUUGAGUUGCGGUGGAAGAAUUACUACGAUGACUGCUGAAGAAAACCAGAAGGGAUUGAGGGAAGAUGAAAGAAAAGAUCGGUUUCCAAUUGGUAUGCGGGUUUUGGCAGUCGAUGAUGAUCCGACAUGUCUGAGAUUGAUUGAAGCUCUGUUGAAGAGAUGCCAAUAUAAUGUUACAACCACUGGGCAGGCAAGAACUGCACUAAAAAUGUUGAGAGAGAAUCGAGACAAAUUCGAUCUUGUUAUCAGUGAUGUUCAUAUGCCUGACAUGGAUGGCUUCAAGCUUUUGGAGCUUGUUGGCCUGGAAAUGGACCUCCCUGUAAUAAUGCUGUCUGCUAUUAGUGACCCAAGUGCUGUGAUGAAGGGAAUAACUCAUGGUGCUUGUGACUAUCUGCUCAAACCUGUUCGAAUUGAGGAGCUCAAGAACAUUUGGCAACAUGUUGUUAGAAAGAGAAAGGUGGAGCCUAAGGACCCCAAUGUUACCAAGCAAGGAGGAGAAGAUGCAGAAAAACUAAGGCAUGGUGGGCCUAUUACAAAUGGGCUAGCGGAUCGAAACUCCAAACUUAGUAGGAAAAGGAAAGAUCAAAAUGAAGAGGAUGAUGAUGAUUAUGAUGAAAAUGCCCAUGAAAGUGAUGACCCAUCAACCCAAAAGAAGCCAAGGGUUGUGUGGUCAAUUGAGCUGCAUCAACAGUUUGUUGCUGCUGUGAAUCAGUUGGGGUUAGAAAAGGCUGUUCCCAAGAGAAUUCUUGAUCUUAUGAAUGUUCAAGGGCUCACGAGGGAGAACGUAGCCAGCCAUCUGCAGAAGUAUAGGCUUUACCUGAAAAGAAUUAGCACCCAACAGGGUAACAUGGCUGCUGCUUUAGGAGGAAUGGGAGUCCUUGGCAGGCCAAAUAAUAGCUCCGGCAGUCUUGGAUUGAGUGGCCUUCCUUCUUCAGGGGUGAUCCAAGUGGGUCAUGCCCAUAAUUCAACCAAUUCCCUAAACAAUUUCAGCAAAUUUCAUCAGAUGAACUUCUCUAAAAACCUUCAAAGCUUACCGCCGUCAUCAUUGGAGCUUGAGCAAUUCCAGCAUAAACAGUUCCUUUCUCGACUUGGGGACUUAGCUACCCCUUUUGAGGAUUCUUUGACCUUUCCAGUGUCUCAACAAGAAACCAAUUUUGGUGGUUGUAGCAACAAUGGGUCAGGUCCCAAUAGCUUCAACAACCCUUUUCUUAACGAUCCAAACAACUCUUUGAUGCCACAGGUUAUUCAAAACCGACACAAACUGGAAACCCAACCUGAUCCUAGUGUUGGGUUAGGAGCCAUAAACCAAGAUUCAUUUGAAGUUAAUGGUGCAUGGCACAGCAGUGCACCAUCCAUGGUAUUUUCUCCCAACCCACUUCCAGUGAGUCUCCCUUUAAAUACUGAUGAUAUAUCUCUGAAUAAUGUAAAGACUAAUAAUAUGCUGUUGAGAGAGAAUGGAUUUGGUGGGCAGAGCAUAAAUUAUGGAUUGAAACAGGAGUGGGAAGUUCCCCACAAGCAGGCUUAUGCUCAUGACCCAACUCUUCUUUUGGGGUCUCAACUUAGCCCUUCAUUGCCAAAUGAAAAUUUGAUUAUGCCCAUUGGUCAGAACCAAGAGCAAGGGCAGAUAAAUGGAAUGUCUGACCUAAAGAUGAAUUUGGUGUCGAAGGAGCAGUUUGGUCAUUCUUUCCCAUCUGUUGUGCCACAUAGUGGGAGCGAACAGUCCAUGGCAGGCAGUCAGAUGAAGUUUCAGAAUGUCUUUAGUUCUGAUGGUUUCCCUCUUGUUGAUGAUAUAAUGAAUGUUAUGGUAAAGCAGCAUGGGAUUCGAACCUGGGACAUAGUGUGGCAAUAUCAGCACCAUGACCAAUCAAGCCAGAGCAUAUUUCUCUUUUGUCAUGGUAGACUCAGAUUGAGAAUGUGACCUAUGUGUAAUAUUGAUUAUGAUCAGUCUCCAACCAUGGGGUCUUAUUAGCUUUUAGAUAAGUUGUAAAAUGAGGAAAGCACUCUCGUUAAUGUACUGACAUGAUCGAUAAAGGACCUCUUUUAACUUGGGGGAACAAAAUAUGUUAUUGUUGAUACCAUUUUCAUUAUCUUGUGAUACCCUUGAUGAUGUGUUUGUCAAAAGUCACUGUCGGUCUCAUUUAUUUCUUGAAAAUUUCCUUAGAAGAAAGAGUAUAAAGACUAUUCCACUGUGAAGAUGUACAAUGUUAGAUGGUUGUUUUGAGUGAAGGAGAGAUAUGUGGAAGUGGAAACGGAAUCAUCAUUGUUGGAACGCAACGCAUGCUAGAUUGACUUAGCACAUCUUGAGAGGUACACGCAGUUCUUUUUUUAAGACUUCAGUAGGGAACUGUGGAUCUCCAUGCAGAUGAUUUCAGUGCCUUCGUGAUCACUUCUUAUCCUACAAUAGCACAAUUGGAUAUUCACUUCAUAUGAGACAUUGCUGGAAGAAAAAAAAUAUUCUUUAGAUUUCCACUCCAGAGCAGAGUUUAGAUAAGCUAUGAAGUCCUUGAACAAAGAUUUUUAUAAUUAGUUAGUGAACAAAAUGUCAAUAUUUCCAUAGAUGCUUUUGUUUGAGGGGUGUGUUGAGGCCCAUUGUUUGUUCUUCCUCCAGUUGUUUGUUGUGCACAUAUGUGGGGGGCACUAUAGUCAUUUGCUAAUCAUGUAAAGAUCAUGCAGUGAAAAGGAUAAAAUAUUAUGACUCUGAAUAGAACUAUGGACGUAGGCUGAGAUAACUAUGUAUUUUAUGCUUCCUGGUAUUGGAUCACUUUACAUAUAUAGGGGAGAACAGAGGAUCUUAUAAUUAAUUGAUGUUAUAUGUUGGAGUAUCCGUUGCAAGACUCUCCUGUUUCUAAUAGCAGUAGUUCCCAGCUUUUUCUUGUUUUAUAGGGUUCAAACAUAACAAAAUUUGAGAUGAAUCUCUAGGGCCAUAAAAUCUGCUCCUGCAUCUAUCAUGUAUCAUGGUUUUGUGGUUCAUGUUUUAGGAUGCGUUGUUGUAGAAAUGGAAACUUGGAUGUCUGUGACAAGCUUAGUUUGGUGUACUGACUAUUAUUGGUAUGGUGCUUGGUGAACUGCAGAAUAAAUGUUUUGAGGUGGUUACUAGGGAAUAUCUUUGACUUUUAGUUUUUUGGCUUAUACUAUGGUUACUUGCAAUGUUUAGUUCUAAUUAUUUUCUCCCAAAAAUUUUUGAAGUAGAGAUUAGGAAUUAAAGCAUUUGCAUGUAAUCUGAUGACCUUCACUUGGCAUGCAUUUGCAUGUAAUCAGAUGACCUUGUCUUAGCUUAGUUUUCAAAUAUAUUAAUUAUUUGUGUUAAACAUUAGGGAUAAAGUCAAAUUAGUUAAUUGUUGGGCGAAUUUUAAAAAAUUAGUUAUUGGUUAUUAUACCCUUUUAGCAACAUUUAGUUGGAUCGAUUUGAUUCAAUGAGGAUCUUAGGAAGUUGCCACUUGGUUUUGGGCACCUAAACAUUGAUGGCAUUAACUAAUUGGAUGUUGCAUCAAAUACAUCCUGAAUGAAUGCGUCAUGAGUGUAGCAAAUAGCCUUUAUUUAAAUAUCUAUAAAACCUUACGGCCUUCUAUUGCUACCUACAAUGACAAAUGAGUUUUUAUAAUGCAUUGUGAUAUUUGUUUAGAACCAAAUGGCACCUUCCUCACGUGUAAAUAUGAAUUAAAUUUAAAGCACCGUCCGUGAAUAGGAAUUUUCCUCUUGAUUGUGUUGUGGAUAUUGUAGAUCACAUGCUGAACUAUACAUGGCUAACCCUGACUUCAAAUCAUUUGUUCUAGUUAUGGGAUUUCUAGUACAAUAUGUUGUUGAUUAUCAAAUUAGUUCUUUCUUUCUCCAACUCAUCAAAUACGUCGCAGACUGACUCAGACCAUGAUUAAGUUGCUUGUUCUUUAGAAUGGUUUUAGUAGUUACUGAUAUGCUUUCCGGCAGUGUUAAAUAUCACACAUAAUGGUUUAGAUUCAUUACUAAGGUGCUGUAACUCUUAAUAUAAGGUGCUGUAACUCUUAAUAUCUAUAAUAAAUUUUUGCUUAAUUCUUUGUAAAUAUUGAGUUGAAUAUCAUGGCUUUCUUUUCUAUUUGUUUUCUCAGAACCAUAUUAAAUUUUACAGUUUCCGUAGCUAUUUAUUGUUUCUCAUGGGAGCUUUCUACCCAUUUUUUCCUUGCACAUACUGAGAAACUUAAUUUUGGUGUUUGGGGUUAUGCAUCUUAUUAAUUCUUUAUCUAUGUUCAGUAUGUGCUUGUUAAUUUGACUCUCAUUGGUUGUUAUUAUAAUGAAUCAAAGAGAUGUUGUUUUCAGGUAGAAAAUGUUCUAUAAACAUUUAGGAGGCAAAUAAACAACAUUUCAGAUUAAGACCUGCUCAAAUGAUCUUGAUAAAUCAGAUGCGUUGUAUCAGCACCCUGAAAUAAAUGGAAAUGGCAGAGGGAUCAUUUGGUGUUUGCUUGAGGCAGCCUAUGUUAUUCUAGAGAAAAGAAUCUCAUAAAAGUAUGGUUUGGUGUCAUACAAAUGUCAGUCCAUUUAAUCAGUUAGUCAAUCCAUGUAUUUUGAGAUUGAUAGCCACUUUGAAAUUUCUCAAUGAAUUCCUAGUAAGGGGUAAUAACGUAGGUAAAAUUUGUAAUGGGUAGGUAUAUCUUCCAUCAUGGAGUACGCCCAAGCACCCCUAAAUAAAUGGAAAUUGCAGAGGGAUAAUUUGGUAUUCUAUAGAAAGGAAUCUCAUAGAAGCUUGGUUUGGUGUCGUGCAAAUGUCUGUCCAUUUAACCAGUCAGUCAAUCCAUGUAUUUUGAGAUGGAUGCCACUUUGAAAUUUCUCAAUGAAUUUCUAGUAAAGGGCUAAUAACGUCGAUGAAAUUUGUAAUGGGUAGGUAUAUCUUCCAUCAUGGAGUACGCCCACCUAUAAGGCCCCAUUCUCAAAUAAAUUUUUAAGAUCGUUAUAACUUCCUGGCCCAUGAGAUUCUUGUGGCCAAAUUUCAAUUGUUCACCUCUUAUCUGCCUAAUGUCUGUAUAAUGAAAUGCUUCUCCCAGCAAACUUGUAGGCGACUUUGCAGUGUGUGAUAUGGCAUUAAAAUGUUUGGACCUUAGGUCACCGAGCCACAACCUACAAUACCAUGUUGGACAAUCUCUCGUCGUUGGGACAAGACAGGCAUUUAAUUGCUAUGGAACUUAUUUUCUGCAUCCUGAAGUGAUGAAAAAUAUAAAUAUUAGUCAGUGACAAAUGUGUGAGCAAAAGAGCUUCUAGGCAUUCUAUUAUAGCUUAAAACCACAGAAAAAGUACAAAAAACAAAAGUGAAGGUUCCGAAGUCAUUUGUUCGAUCUAUAAGGGGAGAGUGUAAGCUAAGGGUAUGAAGGUGUGUUGAGGCUAAGGUUAUGGAUCAACUUGUUCAGUUGAAGAAAGUGAGAUGUUUAUGAAAUAGUUUGAGUUUAACUUGCGUUCUCGGCACUGUUUUAGCUGUUCUACAAAUUGGACAGGCUAAGUUUACAAAGUCACUUUGUGAGGUACAGAGCAUGACGGUAGCUCUAGAGACUUCCUAUUGGUUUUGAUGUACUUCAUUCUACAAAACCAAGGGGCUGCCAUGUUGAGCAUGGCAAGACUAAGGAAUGAGGAUGUUAAGCAAUGGAGACUCUAUAAAUAAGAUACCAUUUUUGUGCUCUCUUUUGUUUUCAUGUUUUCUAUCCAACAUGUUUGCCUCAUCGUAUAAUUUUUAUCUUUGCCCUACUGUGAAAUGUAUGAGUUGCUAUUAUGCCACAGGAUCUUAAUUGUAGACCCCUCCAAGUUUUGAUGUAUUAAGACCCAUUUGAACAAUCAGAAUCUAUUUUU